CGACUCCAAAUAAAAACCCCUCAAAAGCCCUACAUCGUUAAACCCUUCCUGUCUCUCUCUGCCUCGAGUCUCGACCCUGUAUAAGCCCUAAACCCACCACACCCCCACCGCUUCUAUCUCUCUCUUUCUCUCUCGAGCUUCAGCAUCUGUGUUCCUGGCCUCCAUAAGGAAUUUGGACUAUGAAUUUCAACAAUGUUAAAGUUCCAAAGGUGCCAGGGGGUGCUGCUGCUUCUGCUUUAAUCAAGUUAGGGACUAUUGCUGGGCUUGCUGUGUAUGGGGUUGCUAACAGUCUUUACAAUGUUGAAGGUGGGCACCGGGCUAUUGUCUUCAAUCGUAUAGUUGGCAUCAAGGACAAGGUAUAUCCUGAAGGAACACAUCUGAUGAUCCCAUGGUUUGAAAGGCCUGUCAUUUAUGAUGUUCGUGCUCGCCCACAUUUGGUGGAAAGUACUUCAGGAAGUCGUGAUCUCCAGAUGGUAAAAAUUGGUCUUCGAGUACUUACCCGUCCUCUGCCAGACCAGUUACCUACUAUCUAUCGAACUCUUGGUGAGAACUAUAAUGAAAGAGUCCUGCCUUCAAUUAUUCAUGAAACACUGAAAGCGGUUGUUGCUCAAUACAAUGCUAGCCAGCUCAUCACUCAGAGAGAGUCUGUUAGUAGGGAAAUUCGGAAGGUAUUGACAGACAGAGCAGCAAAUUUCAACAUUGCUCUGGAUGAUGUCUCCAUUACAACCCUGACAUUUGGGAGGGAGUUUACAGCUGCAAUAGAAGCCAAACAAGUGGCUGCACAAGAGGCUGAGAGGGCCAAAUUUGUUGUUGAAAAGGCUGAGCAAGACAAAAGAAGUGCAAUCAUCCGGGCACAGGGUGAGGCCAAGAGUGCCCAACUGAUAGGCCAAGCUAUUGCCAAUAAUCCGGCAUUUAUUACUCUAAGGAAAAUUGAAGCUGCAAGAGAAAUCGCACAUACAAUCUCAAAUUCAGCGAACAAGGUUUUCUUGAGUGCAGAUGACCUAUUGUUGAACCUCCAGGAGAUGAACUUGGAGAGCACCACUGGGAAGAAAUAAACCAGCAGGUUAUCAACUUUCAAUUACUUCCAUUUGGUUUUGUUUCUGAGUUAGUUCAUAUGUGCAAUGUUUGUUGAGAUCACUGGAGUAAACAUCGAUGGCUUUAUGUUUUUUUCUUUUAUCUUUCAUCUUUUUUCUCUAUGGAAUGAGGGAAUUAUCCAUUGGACGUGUAUCCAGUCAACACUUAGCUAUGGGUAUGCUGGACGUGUGACUUGUUCAAUAAGCGCCAUUACUUCCCUUCCACAUUUUACUGUAAUUGCAGGACCAUGCAUUCAUUUUAAAUAGCAGGGAAGCAGAACGUUUGUAAUUGCAGGAACAUGCAUUCAUUUUAAAUAGAAGGGAAACAAAACAUAUGUAACGGCGUC